UCUUGCCUGGAACCUGAGAGAGGGAGAAGAAAGGAGGAAAGAGCGACACUGGUUUCAGGGACGCCCCGGGGGGCCUCAAGAGCCGGAGGCAGCCCCGGAGGUGGUCCCUGAUUCCGGACCGUGCUCUUGGACUCGAGAAGGGAAGGCGGGGGGCGGGGGGGCAACAUGGGCUCCCGCGGGCGGACACGCAGGAAGAGGAGGCCGGGGAAUGGCCGCGGUGUGGCAGCAGGUCUUAGCAGUGGACGCUAGGUACAACGCGUACCGCACACCAACGUUUCCACAGUUUCGGACGCAGUAUAUCCGACGGCGCAGCCAGCUGCUGCGGGAGAAUGCCAAGGCUGGGCACCCCCCAGCGCUGCGUCGGCAGUACCUGAGGCUGCGGGGGCAGCUGUUGGGCCAGCGCUACGGCCCCCUCUCCGAACCAGGCAGUGCCCGUGCCUACAGCAACAGCAUCAUCCGCAGCAGCCGCACUACCCUUGACCGCAUGGAGGACUUUGAGGAUGAUCCUCGGGCUCUGGGGGCCCGUGGGCACCGCCGAUCUGUCAGCCGAGGCUCCUACCAGCUGCAGGCACAGAUGAACCGCGCUGUCUAUGAAGACAGGCCUCCCGGCAGCGUGGUGCCCACCUCAGUGGCAGAAGCAAGUCGGGCCAUGGCUGGGGACACGUCACUGAGCGAGAACUAUGCCUUUGCGGGCAUGUACCAUGUUUUUGACCAGCACGUGGAUGAGGCAGUCCCGAGGGUGCGCUUCGCCAAUGAUGACCGGCACCGCCUGGCCUGUUGUUCACUGGAUGGCAGCAUCUCCCUGUGCCAGCUGGUGCCCGCCCCACCCACCGUGCUGCGCGUGCUGCGGGGACACACCCGUGGUGUCUCUGACUUCGCCUGGUCCCUCUCCAAUGACAUCCUUGUGUCCACCUCCCUGGAUGCUACCAUGCGCAUCUGGGCCUCUGAGGACGGCCGCUGCAUCCGGGAGAUCCCUGACCCCGAUGGCGCCGAGCUGCUCUGCUGCACCUUCCAGCCAGUCAACAACAACCUCACUGUGGUGGGAAAUGCCAAGCACAACGUGCACGUCGUAAACAUCUCCACGGGCAAGAAGGUGAAGGGUGGUUCCAGCAAGCUGACAGGCCGGGUCCUGGCGCUGUCCUUUGACGCCCCUGGCCGACUGCUCUGGGCAGGCGAUGACCGCGGCAGUGUUUUCUCCUUCCUCUUUGACAUGGCCACAGGGAAGCUGACCAAAGCCAAGCGUCUGGUGGUGCAUGAGGGGAGCCCUGUGACCAGUAUCUCCGCCCGCUCCUGGGUCAGCCGCGAGGCCCGGGACCCCUCGCUGCUCAUCAACGCUUGUCUCAACAAGCUGCUGCUCUACAGGGUGGUGGACAACGAGGGGACCCUGCAGCUGAAGAGGAGCUUCCCCAUUGAGCAGAGUGCUCACCCUGUGCGCAGCAUCUUCUGCCCCCUCAUGUCCUUCCGCCAGGGGGCCUGUGUGGUGACAGGCAGUGAGGAUAUGUGUGUGCACUUUUUUGACGUGGAACGGGCAGCCAAGGCCGCCGUCAACAAGCUGCAGGGCCACAGUGCCCCCGUGCUGGAUGUCAGCUUCAACUGUGACGAGAGCCUGCUGGCCUCCAGUGACGCCAGUGGCAUGGUCAUCGUCUGGAGGAGGGAACAGAAGUAGGAACCUUCCCACCUGCCUCCUGCAGCCAGCCUUGUGUUUGUAAAUAAAUUCCCUGUGCUCGUGCUGAUUGCUGGCUCCCACAUCUGCAGGCCCCGACAGGACAGAGGGCAGUUCAGAACUUACCCAUUCAUUCACUCAUGCAUUGAUUUAGUCAUUCAUUCAACAACCAUUUAUUGACUGUACCGUGUCAUAGGUGAAACAAGUGUUUUACACACUCAUGCAUUCAGCAGACAUUAUUCAGGUGCAGGAACUCUCCCUAGGCACUGGGGAUACAGCUGUGACUUAUGCCCCUGUCCUCACGGGGCUUGCAUUCUAGUGAAAGCAGGUGGUUAAUAGACAAAAAUAAGUAACACGUCAACUAAGUGUUGUGGAGAAAAAUAGAGCAUGGCUAGGAGAUGAAUUGCCAGAUUGGGGAGGGUUAGAGGGAUUGGAGUCUUUUCUAUGCCAUGAUCAGAGAAGACAUUCUUGACAGGAUGAAAUUUAAACACCCAAAUGAAGAGAGAGCAAGCCAUUGUAUGUGGGGAAGAAGAACGUUCUAGGCAUGGAGAAAGGUAGUACAAAGGCACUGAGCCUGGAGUGUGCUGUAAGGAUGGUUGGAGAGGCCAGUGGGGCUGGACCAGUAUGUGGUAGGAGAUGAGGUGAGUCAGGCUGGAUCUUGGGGGGCUUCAAGGGCCACAGUGAGCACUCGGGCUUUUAUUCUGAGUGAGGGGUGACUUACCUGGAGAUUUGGAGCGGAGGAGGGACGUAAUCCAACUUGGUUGUAACAGUUUAAAGCUCAAGCCGCUUUGGAUUCCGUUGGACUCUUACUGGCAUGGCCUAUGCUGCGAUUUAAUAAAUAUUGAAGACUCCUUUAAAUGAACGCUUACCCUUGAUGAAGUUAUUUCUCUAAGGUUUGGUUUCAUCUGUAAAACUUGAUGGUACUAUUCUCACAGAAUUGUUUAUAAUCAGUAACUUGAUGUGAUUAAAGUGCUUC